UACUAAUUUGAGGUUACAUACGUGGAACUAGAACAUCAUCACAGUUAAAAUUUAAGCCAGUAAUUAUCAAAGAAAAUGUCUUCAAAACGAAGAAAUAAAAAAGAUAUAAUUGCUAGGGUUAAUUUCCCUCUUUACACUGUCCAAAUGCUAACAUCAAGACAUGUAAUCGUCGGAGGAGGUGGAGGUACUUCAAAAACUGGCGUUCAAAAUGGUUUUGAAAUAUUUGAAAUAUUUCACGAUGGUAGUCGUUUUUCUGCUAAAGAAAUUACCAGGCAUGAAACAGGAGGAAAUGUUGUAAUGAAUUGUUCAGUAUACAGUAACAAAAAACAUUCUCUGUUAGCUGCAGGUAGAGAAAAUCAUUGUCAGUUAUAUAAAGUUAACUCAAAGUUAAUGGAAGAAGUCGUAAGCAUUGGCAAUGAUACUCACAUUAGACAAAGACAUGCUAAAGUAAAAGAAGUUACAGAUGAUAAUAAAAAUGUGAAAAAAGAAUUGUAUUUUGAAGUUAAACCGUUAGACAGUGUACAAACUGAUUUUAAUGGUAGUGAACCAUUAUCUAGGGUAGUCAAAAUUAACCAUGAUGGUACAUUAUUAGCAACUGGAGGUACUGAUUGUGAUGUAAGAAUAUGGAAAUUUCCUAGUAUGCAACCUUUAUUCAUUUUAAAGGCACAUAAGAAAGAAAUAGAUGAUAUAGAUUUCAGUAGGUACGAUAAUUAUAUAAUGACUGUUGCCAAAGAUGGUUUAGCAGUUUUAUGGGAUUGCCUUACAGGGAUGGAAAGGACAAAACUUACAUGGAAACAACCCGAAGGAUCAAAAUAUUUAUAUAAAAGAUGCAGGUUUGGAAUUAUUGAGGGACUUGAUAAAAAAUGUGCUCUAUAUACAAUAGUAAAUCCUACAGGUUUAGCCAAAAAGCAAAAAUCUUAUCUACAGCAAUGGAUACCAGAAGAGAACCUUUUAAAAAAAAUGUUAGAGUUUGAUGAAAGUUUGGCCGCUUUAGCAGUUAGAGAUGAUGGCAGAUUUGUAGCUGUUGGUACAAUGUUUAGUGGUUCUGUCUCAAUUCACGUAGCAUUUAGUUUACAGAAAAUAUCAACAGUUGUUGGAGCACAUUCCAUGUUCGUUACAGGUCUAGAAUUUGUAUCGGCGCAGAAUACAAAUCAUUCCAUUAGUAGUGUAGUUGAAGCCGCAGUCUUGUCAAUUUCAGUAGAUAACCAAUUGUGCAUACAUACAGUGCCAUACAGAAAAACCAUACCUUUGUGGAUUGGAAUAGUACUACUCAUUUUUACGUUAUUCUUGACAUUUUUAUUUUGUGCAUAUUUAGGGUUGUGAUGUUACAUUAUUUAAUAA